AUGAGAUGCAUCAUGGGAAUUUAUAAGAUGGCUGCGCCCAUGCGGCAACUAUGUCGGCAAGAUGCAAACAAAUCAAUAUGGUUUUCAGUGCAUGACGAUUGUGUGUAACAUUUGCAGUGAACAUGAUACAACAUGCAAUCUUUACUUAACUUAAAUAGUUUUAAUGCAUCGGUUGAUAAAAAGAUAAUCGUAAGGAUUAUCACGUACCCGCUUGCAAAUUUGUCAACAAACCUGCGGAGAAACCACGUGUGUUUUAGAUCGAGAUGUAAACAAGCUUUGACAGCCAGAAAACUUAACAAGAUCAGUGGACUCGUGCGGCCUUUGUCAUGUUCAGUUGUUCACCAUAGGAAACUGGUUUUAGGGAUAGAGACAAGUUUCGAUGACACAGGAGCAGCAGUUGUUGAUGAUGUUGGAAAUGUCUUGGGAGAAGCGCUUGAAAGUCAGACGAAGCUCCACUUGGAAUAUGGAGGAGCAAAGCCUGAUAUUGCAAUGAGAAUUCACAAGCAAAACAUUGGUCCAGUGGUAGACACAGCCCUUAGUGCCGCCAAUAUCAGACUCCAGGAUCUGGAUGCCGUUGCUGUGACAACUAAACCAGGAUUAGCACCCUGUCUGUAUGUUGGUCUUAACUAUGCCAAGGAACUCGUAGCUAAAUCUGGGAAGCCAAUGAUACCGAUCCACCACAUGGAGGCUCAUGCUCUUACAGCCAGAAUGAUCCACAAGGUAGAUUUUCCAUUCCUGGUACUUUUGGUCAGUGGCGGUCAUGCACUGUUGACAGUGGCCCAAGGAGUGGAAGACUUCCAGUUGCUUGGUAAAACAGUGGACGUUGCACCUGGAGAUGCCCUGGACAAGACUUCCAGGUGCUUGAACCUUAAGGUGUUGCCAGAGUGCCAGGGACUGAGUGGAGGUGCAGCCAUAGAGAGGAUGGCCAGGGGAGGUAAUCACAAAGCAGUCACAUGCCCAGGCAUCACCCUUCAGACUCCAAACUGUGAUUUCAGUUUCAGUGGGAUUGGAUCAUUUGCCAGGCGUUGGAUAGAGGCUGAAAGACUAAAACAUAAUCUUGGCGAGGAUGAUGUCAUCCCAAAUGUAUCUGACUUUUGUGCAAGUUUCCAACACAGUAUUAUGAUGCACUUCCUUCGCAGGCUGCAGAGAGGGUUUCUGUACUGUCAGCAGAAGGGUAUUGUUAGCGAACAACCAACACUGGUAGUAUCCGGAGGUGUAGCCAGUAACCAGAUAUUUAGACAGGGGUUUGAGGCUGUCUGUCAGGAGAGUGGCUACCAUCUUGUGUGUCCACCACCUAAGUUGUGUACUGACAACGGGAUCAUGAUUGCUUGGAAUGGUAUGGAGAAGUUGCUCAAUGGUACAGGGAUAGAGCCAGAUCCUCAGGCAGUGAAGGCAAUCCCUACUAAAGCCCUAGCCAGCUGCCCUAUCGGUCAGUGUGUGAGAGAAGAGCUUGUCGCAUGUAACAUACGACUCCCAAAGCCUAAACCACUACACAACCGCUUACAGUCAAUCUACUCCAACGAGAAAACGUGAUGAGAUUGUUAUGUAUGUCUCUACAAAGAAACCUAAGAUGGCUGACGAUAUCUCUCAACUCUCACUCUAAUGCAGCAAUAUAUGUGUAUAGACUCCUUCAAGCAAUCGUCUAUUCCAUCUGUCUUCAGGAGUUGUCUUUUAGUGACGCGUGUCGCCAGGCUCUUGUUGCCGGUCGUCUGGCUUACAAGGCAGCAGAUGUCGAAGAGUUUUCCUGGAUUUACAAGUCAUAGAAUUUAUUAAUACAGGAAUUUAUUAAACAGAUAUUGCCAAGUGGAAAAUUGAUAAUUUCCCAUAUGAAGCCUUCUGUUAUCUUCCUGCAUGUAUAAGUCAAAGAAUGUAUGUAUGCAGUAAUUGAAUUCAUGUGUAAAAACAGGUGUAUUUGAUUUUUAAAACCAGUAAAUAUUUUUCAUAGAAAUGGAUAAUCAAUUUCUUGUGAUUUAGUCAACUCAUUUUAUGACCCAUUUCAGCAUUUUCAUGCUAUGGGCUAUAAACAGUUUUUAGCUCAUUUUGCUAAUGUGAGCUAUUGCUAUCUGUCUUCCUCCGUCGUCGUGCG